CGGUCACGGGCCACACCACCACUCCCCCCGCCGUCACGGUUUGCGCCCCCUACCCACAAAUCCUCCCGACUCGCCAUUGCCCCGACCGACCCCGCCUCCCCCGCGGCCUUAUCCUAUUCCUAUUCGCCCCCGCCGCCAUGGAGGCCGUGCGCGCGUCGGCGGCCUGGGUGGCCAGCCGCUCCUCCCACGUCAAGGUCGACAUGCUAGAGAUCGAGAAGGCGGUGGACAAAAUUCAGGGGAACGUUCCAAAAGUUGAGUGGGAUUUCGAAGGAAUCCAUUACUUUGACAAUGGGCCGCUCACUGUGCAGUACCUCUUCGUCUUGGAUGCACUGAACUUUUGCUUCUGGCCAGACAAGGACUUGACCUAUGACAAUUUGGCUUCUGGACUUAAGUUAGCAUUAGAGAAAGAUAAGUCAGCACUUGAUGCAGACCGUCUGAAGAAUUAUACUGGACCACAACUUCGAGAACUGCUGAAUUGGCCACGCCCACUUCCAAUUGAGGAGGAAAGAGUCCGCCUUCUUCAUGAGGUUGGUCUGGAGCUUGAAAGAAGCUUUGGUGGCGAGGCUGCUAAUCUUGUGAAGUCUGCUGGAAACUCUGCUGCAUCUCUGAUUGAACUGAUUACCCGUCAUUUUCCUGGCUUUCGAGACCACUCACUUUACAAGGGACACCAGGUUUUCCUGUACAAGCGAGCCCAGAUAUUCGUUGCUGAUUUGUGGGGUGCUUUCAAGGGGGAAAACUACGGAGAGUUCUACGACAUCAAGUCCAUCACCAUCUUUGCCGACUAUAUUGUCCCUGCUGUGCUGAGGGAGCUAGGCAUCCUGAAAUACGAGUCUAACCUAUGUUGCUCCAUCGACUCGAACAGCGAGAUUGUGCCCGGAAGCGAAGAGGAAGUGGAGAUUCGUGCUUGUUCUGUUCAUGCCGUUGAAAAAAUGAGGGAACUCAUCAACAAAAAGUUUGGGAAGCAGCUUCUGAGCAUUGACAUUGACCUCUGGCUCUGGUCGGUAGGCGUUCAGAACAUGGCGCUGUCUCAUCACCGCACCCUCUCCAUUUACUACUGAGGCUACGCCAGCAGCAGCUGCCACCCUCCCUCUCCGCGGCGGAAGAUCGGCCGCGUCUUGGGGAUCUCCUUUAGCUGCUGCUACAUAUGGAUACUGAAAUUUUGCCCUCUCCGAGGAGUGCACAAAAGUGCAAGCUGUUGCUACCGUAGGGUCAUCAAGAUUGGUGUUACUGCGUCUAUGUAUUGUGGUGGUAGUACCAACUAUCUGUGCGUUUCAUCUAUAAAAAAUAAUCUGUGUUUUGUCCGAAA